AUGGUAGAUCCGGUGAAGAUUGAGUCUAUUUGUGAUUGGGCUAGGCCCACUUCAGUUAUUGAGAUUCGGAGCUUCAUCGGACUAGCAGGCUACUACAAAAGGAGUGAGGCGAGCUUUUGGAGGCUCAAAGAGUUAUUGACCAUCGCUCAUAUAUUGACUCUUCCAGUUGAGGGCGAGGGCUUCAUGGUUUAUUGUGAUGUAUCCGACAUUGGUUUGGGUUAUGUAUUGAUGCAGCAAGGCCGAUUUAUUGCUUAUGCGUCGAUGCAGCUUAAGUUGCACGAGCACAACUACCCCACCCGUGAUUUUGGAUUUGAGGAUGAGGCCUUGGUGGCCCUUAAAGAUCAAGUAUUAGCGGGUGAUGGUGGUCAGGCUACCUUAGAUCCUAAUGGAGUGUUGAGAUUCGCAGAUCGCAUUUGUGUUCCAAGAGCUGGGGGUUUUAUACGGUUGAUACUUUUUGAGGCCCAUGAGUCUAGAUACUCUAUCCAUCUGGGCACAGUGAAGAUGUAUCAUGGUUUGAGGAAGCAUUAUUGGUGGAGUGGCAUCAGGAGAGAUAUUGCUGACUAUACAGUUGGGGAAGUUGCUUAUGAGUUGGUUCUACCUCCAGCAUUUUCAGCCAUCCACCUGGUUUUCCAUGUCUCGAUGUUGCGUCUAUAUGUUCCUGAUGAGUGUCAUGUGCUCCAGUAUGAUAUAGUUGAGUUGGAUGACCGUUUGACAUUUGUAGAGGAGCCAGUUGCCAUUAUAGCCAGAUAUGUGAGAAGAUUGCGCUCGAGAGCCAUUCCUGCUGUUAAGGUCCAUUCGAGGCAUCGUCUAGUCGAGAAGGCUACCUGGGAGACCGAACAUGAGAUGCGAGAGCAGUUUCCUGUCUUGUUUGAGCCUUCAGAGCAUUCGUGUAGUGACCCCAAGUCAUUUAUGACCUGCUGGGACUAA